UGCCUGAUCGGAUAAAGAAGCUAUUUUUUUAAAGUCAACUUAUAGUGGUUCAUGGUCACUAGUCCCCAAUGGUGCCCCAUGCUUGGGGGUGAUACUUAAUACUUCUCUUGAAAAGUUCGAGUUCAAUUCAAGUGCUUGAGGGGCUGGACAGCUCGCACUUUGUACUCGACACACUUAUUAGGUUAACAUUCCAUCUUCUUCCAGGUGACGCCAGAAUCAAUAUCCCUUUGAGAAUUACUUAGCUGGUGAUUUUUCAUCUUAUUUCUAACUUUUCUUAGUUUUUCCAAUCAUCGAAGCUUUUUUCUGAACAUCUUCCUUGCUGAAUUGUAAAAUACUUGGACAGUAAAAGUAUGGUAAUUUAGUAUUUUUUGUACAAAUUUGACAAUAGGAUAAUGUUGCACUAGUCUGAAAUUCAGACUGGUUGAUAUACUCGCAUUAUAGAAGUUUCUAACGGUCAUAUAGCACUAGGAGAAUGACCAGAGCUUCUUCUCCCUUAAAGACCAUCCUCGUUACCCUCCUCCAAGAGCCUUUAAAAAUCCAAUUUUUCGCUCAAGUCCACUGUCUUCUCCUCACCUCUGGCGUUACCCAAGAUUUCUCCGUCCUCCUCAUGCUUGCAGAAUUCCUUGCUUCCUCUCAAAGUCCCUCCUCAGCUUACUUCACGCUAAAGCAAACCCUAAGAUUCCCAAAUCCCUUUAUUUUCAACUCCCUGAUCACAGUCUUUACCCAAACCAGUUCUCCCCAAUCAGCUUUUGUAGUCUACAAGUACUUGGUAUGUGAUGGCUUUUCCCAAGAUAAGUCCACCUACCCUCUGGUUCUCAAGUCGUGCGCGAAGUUUUCAGGCAUUAAAGAAGCUAGACAGAUACAUGUGGCUGCCACGAAGUUAGGUUUUUUAAGUGAUAGCUAUGUUCAGAAUGCUUUGAUACACGUCUAUGGUUUGUGUAAUUGUUACCAAGAUGCAGGAAUCAUGUUCGAUCAAAUGCUUGUGAGAGAUGUGGUAUCUUGGAGUUGUUUGAUUUAUGUCUUUGUUAAAGGUGGACUUUUUGGUGAUGCUCUGAGUUUGUUUUCUCAAAUGGAUGUAGACCCAAACAUCACAACUCUUGUUAGUGUUCUUGUUGCAUGUGGAAGGAUAGGGGAGCUGAGUAUGGGAAGAUCAAUCCAUGGAUUGUUGCUUAAAAAUGCAGCAAUUUUGGGGCUUAUUGUUGGCAAUGCACUUUUGGAUAUGUAUGUCAAGUGUGAGAGUAUGGAGGAAGCGAGAAAGGUGUUUGAAGAUCUCCCUGUGAAAGAUAUAGUUACUUGGACAAGUGUAAUAAGUGGGUUGGUACAAUGCAAGCAGCCAAGGGAAGCUUUAGAUGUUUUUCAUGCCAUGCAAGCCUCUGGAAUGGAACCUGACAAGGUGGUGUUGUCGAGUGUGCUUUCUGCUUGUGCAAGUUUGGGAGCUUUGGAUUGCGGGAAGUGGAUUCAUCAGUAUAUUGAAUGGAAGGAUAUUGAACAGGAUGUGCACAUAGGAACUGCCUUGGUUGACUUGUAUGCUAAAUGUGGAUGCCUAGAAAUGGCUUUGAAUGUGUUCCAUGGCAUGAUAUAUAAGAAUGUCCUCUCUUGGAAUGCAUUGCUAGGUGGCAUAGCCAUGCAUGGGCAUGGCAAGGUUGCACUUAGUUACUUUGAUUGGAUGGUUAGAACUGGCCUCAAGCCUAAUGAUGUGACUUUCAUAGCAACACUUGGCGCAUGUUCUCAUUCGGGAUUAGUAGAGGAAGGGCGGCGUCUUUUUGCAUCGAUGGUCGAAUUGUAUGAUGUCACACCAAAAAUAGUGCACUAUGGAUGCAUGGUUGAUCUGCUUGGGAGGGCUGGGUUGGUUGAAGAAGCUUAUGAACUUGUUAAAACCAUGCCAAUGAGACCUGAUGUACUUAUAUGGGGUGCCAUGUUAAGUGCUUGCAAAACUAGUGGUAAUGUUCAGUUAUCACAACAGAUUAUUGGUCAUCUCGAAUUAGAGUUUUCUGAUAGUGGGGUUUUUGUAUUGCUAUCCAACAUAUAUGCCGCAAAUGAGAGGUGGGGGGAUAUCCCGAUGCUAAGGAGUCUGAUGAGGAAGAAAGGUAUUAAAAAGGAACCUGGUUCAAGCGUUAUAGAAUUGGAUGGUAGAGCUCAUGAGUUCCUAGUUGGAGAAAUCAAUUACCCUCAAAAGGAGGAGAUUUUGAUGAUUUUGUACAUUCUUGAAAAACAAAUGCAAAUUGAUGGACAAUAAAGCAGGUGAUCUUUCUACCAUUUCACUGUAGGUUUAUGUAAGUUGAGAAUAUAAACUUUAUCCUUCGAUUAUCAUUUA